AUAUAUAUAUAUAUAUAUAUAUAUUAUUUGAAAUUGUAUAAUUUGUAUAAAUUGUUAUUAGAAAUCUGCUUAAAUGUUAUUAUGCUAUUAAAAGCAAUUCAUACGAUUAUGAAUGUGUUAGCGUGCGCGUUGGUGUUUGCGUGCACUUAUAUGUUUUUUCGAAUUUAACGAGCACUUUUAUAUGUGUGCGUGUGCACUCUAAGCAUCCACUCACUCCAAUCUAUGACCCCUAUAGUAGUCAGCAGCAACAAUAUCAGCAGCAGCAGCGGCAGCAGUGGUACAUGAAAAUGGGCAAAUGUUAACCUAAUUUCCAGUGAAUAUAAUUUUAUGCUUUUUUAUUUUCUAUACAUAAGAAAAUCUAGAAAUAAAGAGAAGAAAAAUGUAUGCUAAACAAAUUUCAUACAUCCAUACAUACAUAAGUGGAUAGUUAAACCAAUGGGUUGGUUAUUCGUGUAAAGUGUAUAUUUGUAUAUGAGUUAAAACACACUACCAAACAGAGUGUUGAAAAGUGUGUGAAAUAAUAUGAAAACCAUAAUAAAUUCAUUUUCAAAUAAAAAAAGAAAAAUGUUACCAAAGUGUACAUAUACUACUACUACUACUACUACUACUACACACUCUAUACUAUAUUAUGUGAACAAUUUCGGGUUUUGUGAAUGUUAGCUGACUCAAAGAUUUACGUUACCUCAACUGUUUUCCUUCUAUGAGAACUAUUUCUCAUUAAUAACUGACCUAAAGUCAAAAUUGUAAGUCAAUCUUAUGAACGAUGCGAUGUAAGCUUGAAAGCAGUAAAACAAUUAUUAUCAUUUAAGAGAAGCGAGCAAAAUUUUAAUGAUAUUAUCUUGCCAUCGCAACGUCAUGAUUAAGCCAUUCAGGAUAUUGCCGUAAUUGGCUGAAAUAUGAUAUGCAGCUGGGCUUGUAAUACGUAUUCAUCAUCAGCGCGGGCUACAAUAAUCGCAAUAGGCUCUUUGCAGCUUAUGAAUAUAAAUGUGGAGUAUGUUACAUAAAUGCAAUUGCAAGUUGAAAUACAAUUGUAAAAGCCUGAUAUGCCAUGGCACGAAUCAAAAUUAUCAAACUAACACGAAACACAACAACAACAACAACAACAAAAACAACGACAAGCCCGGCAUUAACAACAUCAACAGCGUUAGAAGGAGGAAAGGAAGAAAUUCAAGACCAGCAAACAGAACAAAAAUGCUGUCAUGCGGAACAUUUCGAAUAUCAAACAUUUGGCCACUCCGAGCGUUAUUGUUCAGAUUUCAAUGGCAUUCAAACAACUCAGUUAGAAAAUCGCAGACAUCUCCGCAAUGCAACAAGGACAUUAUGUGAUAAUACCGAUAGACAAAUUACGUUAUCUGCCAAAGUGAGAAGAAAAUCAAAAAUUCGAUUAUUCGCGACAAGAAGAUAUUUAUUGUUACCCCUACCACCGCCACCGCCCCGAUUAAGUUUGCGUCACAUACCAUUGGUGCAAUUGCUUUGGCUCGUGUGUUGUCUUAGCAGUUUGGCUCACAAUUCAACGGCCGAGUGUCCGAGUGUUUGCGAGUGUAAAUGGAAAAGUGGCAAAGAGUCUGUUUUGUGCCUUAAUGCAAACCUAACGCAUAUACCAGCACCUUUAGAUGCUGGUACUCAAGUUUUGGAUUUAACCGGCAAUGAGAUCGCUAGCAUUCCCGACGAUACAUUUGUCGAAGUGAAUUUGCUUAAUUUGCAAAAAGUUUACUUAGCCAAAUGUCGUUUAAGUAUUUUAGAACGUCAUGCUUUGAGAGGUUUAAUUAAUCUGGUAGAAUUGGAUUUGAGCUAUAACGCUUUAACGCGUAUACCCUCAGAAGCUUUGGAAUUGGUCACCGAAUUACGUGAAUUAAAAUUAAAUGGCAAUCCCAUUCACAUAGUGGCCAACGACGCUUUCCUAAGAAUGCAGCGUUUGGUGCGACUGGAAUUAAGCGACUGCUUCAUCUCUAAUGUGGAAGUGAAAGCGUUUGCCGGGUUGGAAUCUAGUUUAGAGUACUUAAAAUUGGAUGGUAACAAGCUGAGCGAAGUAAGAUCGGGUACUAUAACUUCUCUAUCUAAUUUACAUGGUAUUUCACUAUCACGUAAUCAGUGGAAUUGUUCUUGCGCUUUAAGACCUUUAAGAGUUUGGAUGUUAAGAGAGAAUAUACCUUGCGGUAUACCACCCAUUUGCCAAAGUCCCCCUCGAUUGGUUGGCAAGUCAUGGGAUAAAGUUGAUCUAGAUGAUUUUGCUUGCGUUCCGCAAAUUAUCGCGACAGAUACUACGGCCCAUGGUGUUGAAGGUCGCAAUGUGACUAUGAGCUGUUUUGUUGAAGGUGUGCCUGAACCAUCGGUAAGAUGGAUGGUAAAGAAUCGCAUAAUUGCUAACCUGACCGCUUCGAACGGAGAUUACCCAUCUACCAGUCCCCGUACUGCAGCUGCCACUCAAGGACGAAAAACUUACGUAGUCAAUAUGUUACGGAACGCUUCAAAUUUAACCAUACUCACGGCGGAUAUGCAAGACGCAGGGAUUUAUACUUGUGCUGCAGAAAACAAAGCUGGAAAAGUCGAAGCUUCAGUCACAUUGGCCGUAUCUAGACGGCCGCCGGAGGCUCCAUUAGGAUUCAAAGUGAUAUUGUUGUGUAUUUUCAUAGCUUUGUUAUUCGUUGCUGGUUCUUCUUUUGCGGCAGUUUGUUUAUGCUCACUGCGUCGCAAACGAAAAAUGCGUUUGUGGAAUACAGUGCCUCAGGGACGUAGCGAAAGUUAUGAAAAAAUGGAAAUGACUUCGCGUGCUAGCGGCGGUGUUGGUGUUUUAGGUUCGGGCGGGGUAAGCAAACCCGAUCUAGGCGGUAAACUGGGCAAACAUGAUAGCGUUAAAAAUGCAAACGCGGCCGGAAAUUUAUUUCAUAACGAUGAAAAUGGUUACUUAUGCACGGCCACUGCUCCACUCAACUGUGGUUCGGAUGAUAAUGGCGAUACGGGUGGCGCUAUAGUCAAUCCAAGCGGUGGGAGUGCAAAGCGUAACGGUGAUUAUCGCAACGUACCAACACAUUGCGAUGAUGAUGAUAACGAAAAACACAAAUACAGCCAGCAGCAGCAGCAUGCAGCACCCCACCUCAGUGAACGGAAGCACUUAUCAAAGAACGGCAACCAAGCAUCUUUGGUGGCAGGAAUGACUGGCAGCGAAACAACGGGAAAUAGUGGGUCAAAGACAAUGGACGACACCGAUUUACAUAUACCACGAUUGAUUGAUAUCGGAUCUACAACCGAUUCUGUUCCGACUUCUAUAUCCGGUAAAGUGGAUGCCAACUCAAGAUAUGGUCCAGUUUAUAAUCACGUAGCCAACUGGGUUACUACUUCUAUAGCUACCACAAAAAUCGCAUCUCCUAACACCGCCGGUUAUUAUAGUCCUAAAGAUGAAAUUAAUAGAUCGGUGUUUUGUGAAAAAGAUAAUUCUGACAAUGAUCUCUUCGACAGUAACUAUCCGGACUUACUGGACAUAGCUAAAUAUGCGGUAGCUCAAGCGACUAGUUCUACUCAGGCUAAUGGCGGUCUAUGUACGCUACCUAGAAAACUUAAAAAUACAGGGAAAUUUUUCAAGAAUUCUUCUGAUAGCCAAAGUCCUCUACUAGCGGAUAAUUCAAGUAAGUACGGCAGCAGUACAUUAGGUGGCGACGGAUCAUAUCUGAAUGAAGUAGCGUUAGGACGGCGAUUCUCGGCAGAGUCAUCUUAUUCAAAUUAUGGUGGUGGUACUGUCACAUAUACCAAAGGCCAAAGAUCGAACAGUUUCCUUAAUUUAGUGCAUAGCACAAAUAAGGGAUCUGGAAUACCGGCUACCAGUAAUAAAGCAGGUAUAGCCAAUGCCGGAGAACGCAGAAACCCCAGUCUGCCGUCGUCACCGGUGCAUGAAUUACAUCAGCAGCAUCAGAGAUCUUUUAGUUCAGCGGCAACGCCUCUCCUGGACUUCACCUCACUGACAACACGGACUAGUUUGGCAAAUCCAACUACGGGGACACCGGGUGGCUCCCAUCCGGCAGCUAUGCAACAUCCCACCACAACUACCACACCGGUCACUGCCUAUGACUAUCAUGCAGCUCAGUUGGAGCGCUUUUUAGAGGAAUAUCGCAAUCUACAAGAUCAAUUGUGCAAAAUGAAAGAAACUUGUGAGACAAUACGCAAGAAAGAACAACCGGUUCGCGUGGGUCUAGGACAUGCUGCACACGCCGCAGAUCCCGUGAUGUACAGUGCAGCUAUCGCGGCCAACAGUCCCACCACCAAUGCGAAAAUUAGCCUAAAAAGUAAAACAACACUUCCCGGCCAACCACCAGAUCCGCCACCAUAUUGGUUACAUCGUAACGCUAUGCUGAAACGUUUAAAUGGCUCGCAAAAUGAAAUUUUUAAAAGCUAAUGAAAAUUUGUUCAGCGAUUCAAAUUAAGUUUAGGAUACUUUCGUGUGCGAUCAUUUAAUAGUUGUUGGUUUUAAUAAUUUUUUUUGAAAAAUAAAAAAGGGAAUGUUUAAGGAGCAAAAUUUAAGCUUAGAAGAUAAAAAACUUCCCUCCAAUGAAAAAAAUAUAUAUUUUUAUUCGGGAUGCAUCAAACACAGAGUUCUCAGUUCCUGCUUUUAAUCUAUGAGAAAAUGAAAAGAAAAAAAAAAAAAAAAACAAAAAAAAGCAA